UCGAGAUAUCUACAAAACCCUAAACAAACUUUAUAGUCAAUUCUCUUAAAAAAAAAAUCAAUUACAUGGCGGAAGAAGAAGAGACGACGACACGACCGGAGUUUCCAAUCACAAGAGUGAAGAAGAUAAUGAAAGUCGACAAGGACAUCAACAAAAUCAACUCGGAAGCUCUUCACCUCGUCACUUACUCCACCGAGCUCUUCCUCCGCUUCCUCGCCGAUAAAUCUUCCCUAGUUGCGGCGGAGAAGAGGCGAAAAACGGUUACCCUCGAUCACCUGAGAAUCGCCGUGAAGAGACACCAGCCCACGAGGGAUUUUCUCCUCGACUCGCUCCCUCUCCCUUCCUCUCAGCCCGUCCGAGUCACCAAAACGGCGUCGGAGAAGAAGCCGCCGCCUGCUGGGACCCGUCGCAUCGACGCUUUCUUCAGUAAAGGCAAGGCGAAAGUUGAUUCCCCUUAAAACCCCAAACUUCUUCUUUGCUCCAUGUUUAUGAGUUUUUGUUAUGUUAAAAGUAGUUAAUGUUAUGUUUCAAUCUUCUCUAGUCUCUUGUUAUGCCUAUCUUUACCAAAGUAGAACAGUGUGUGUGUGUCUGAUUGGUGAAGUUAAACAAAAGGAACAAAUGUCUUAUAAGAGUAUACUUGUGGUCAAAGUUUUUCA